AUGCCCCAGGAUGAAGAUUGGAUGCCCAUCAAUGGAAAUCCUCAUCCUCUGCCUGGUGUUCCCUUCCCGGAGAUGCCACCUUUUAUUCUGCCUCCAUUCCCGGCUCUGGGGUGGAAUGAUGUGCCGCCACCUCCGCCUGAACCUGCACAUAAUGAGGUGCAUGAGGACAAUUGGGGAAACUGGGAGGAACCUGCUGCUGUGCCUGCAGUCGACGAUCAAGAAUCUGUGGUGUUGAAUGCCUCAGCUCAACCCAGUUCUGCUCACCAAAGUUCUGAAGCUCAACCUCAGGUGCCCCCUGCACCUAUCGUCCUUAUUGAUGGGGCUCCACAGGACAACCUGUAUGAUUUGAUGGAGAUUGCACCAGACCUGGAGGAUGCUAGUAAUUGGGCUAUUGUGGUUUUUCAACCCCCUCCUUUUGAUGUCCAAGCUCUUGAUCUGCCCGUGGUUAAUAUCCCCUUUGGUCCCCCUCUGCCCCCUGAAAUGAUUUGGAGGCACUCUUUUGAAAACCUGCUGAAUGCUCCAGUGAUGUUCGAGGUGCCAAAACCUCUGCUGCCCAAACCCCUGUCGCCUGUAAUUUUGGCCAAGAGAAACUGGGACUUUGCGUUCCAGCAGGAUGAUCUUCCUUUACUGACAUGGAAAGAGCCGGCACCUGCUCGACCUGUGGCUAGAGCCUUGUUUGUUGAUGAUGCUGAAUCUGUUGCGCCUGUUGUCCCUUCUUCCUCUGCGCGUGCACCUACGAGGAGGCCACGCAAAACUCUGGCGCCAACGCCUCUUGUUGAUACAUCUGUUCGAAGGUGUACCAGAAGUUCGGCCCAGCGGGAUGGGUUUAAGCCCACUUUUCAUGAGCUAGUUCUGCAGCCCAAGAAGAAGAAGCCCAAGGCCAAGCCCCUUUCUGCAGAGAUGGCUGAUGAUCCAGCAUUUGGAGAUGCUCCUCCACCUACUCCCAUCAGUCAUCUGCAAGCUAUUGGCAAGGAGCUGGAGAUUGAUGCAACACUGCUCUCGAAGGAUGCACUUAUGGUGGACCCUGCUGCUGCUGCAACUCAAGCCUCCAAUGAAUAG